UGCCCUCUCUUGCAGAGCAGCCUCGCAUCCCAGGCCAAGAUGUCCUGCUACGACCUGUGCCCACCCCGUACCAGCACGGACCUGUGCCCGCCCAGAACCAGCGUGGCUGUGCCCCAGCCCAUCGCUGAGAGCUGCAACGAGCUGUGCGCCCGCCAGUGCCCCGACUCCUCUGCCUUCAUCCAGCCACCGCCCGUGGUGGUCACCUUCCCCGGCCCCAUCCUCAGCUCCUUCCCCCAGCAGGCCGUGGUGGGCUCCUCCGGAGCACCGGCCUUUGGCGGCUCCCUGGGGCUGGGCGGCCUCUACGGCGCCGGCGCCACCCAGGCCUCGGGGGGCCUCUGCACCUUUGGCAGAGCCUCCGCUGCUGCCGCCUGCAGCCCCUGCGCCUUGCCCCGCUACAGCAGGAGGCUCUGGGACACCUGCGGGCCCUGCUAGAGCCACCACCAACAGCCCCAGACCCCGCCGCCGCCUCAGCCCAGCAUGGAGAAGUUGAGCUCGGCACAAGCUGCCCUGGCCUCCUGCAGCCCGUGACACCCGGCCUGCCCGGGGCCUGCCCAUUGUCCCCAUCCCUGCCUCUCCUGCCCUUCUUGGUACAAUAAAGUUUUCCUGCAUCCA